GCCUUUGUAUUUUAUAUAUGUACAAUAGAUAAACGUGUUUGAAAAGAAUAGUAAAGAAUUUUUAGACGGUCCUGAACAGAACAAAAUAAUCAUUGUUGACAAUGUCUAAUAAUCCUCAGUGGAAGAGUUUCCAGCCGUCAAGCCUGACAUCCGAUCCUGCUAUUUUGGAUUUUAAAUCUUACAGUAACAUUACAGCACCCGGACAUAAUUCCACACCUAAAUCUUAUCGGAAUGGAGGUUUCAGCGACACAACCAAACAAUACUUUUCCUAUCCAACAAGUUCUUCGCCCGCCUCUGUGCUCGUCAGGGGGCUCGUCCGGCCGCUUUCCAACGAUCGGCACAUUCACCCUCGACAACCCCGGCGGCGUCGGCAACGGCACCUCGCAGAAUCAGUCGACUUCGUUCAACAGUAGCGGCGACUCCAGUACCGUGGGGUUGUUUUCCACAGCCAACAAUUCGCAGACGUCGUCUGGCGGGGGCAAUGUGAACAAUAAUAGUUUCGGCAGCAGUGGAGCAGGCUCUAAUAAUGAUUCCAACAAUCAAGGGACAAGGGAGACUGGGAUUAUUGAGAAAUUAUUGCAUUCCUAUGGCUUUAUUCAAUGCUGUGAACGACAGGCUCGUCUAUUCUUUCAUUUCAGUCAGUUCAGUGGUAACAUUGAACAUUUGAAAAUUGGUGACCCUGUCGAAUUCGAAAUGACUUAUGAUAGGCGCACAGGCAAACCCAUUGCUAGCACCGUGUCCAAAAUUGCUCCGGAAGUGGUUUUAAGUGAGGAACGAGUCACUGGUAAUGUAACAACUGAAUUAAGGACUGAAGGAUCUGGCGACACACAGGGCCGAAUUUCAUAUGAGAACAGGGGCGAAUGCUUUUUCUUGCCUUAUACCAAGGACGAUGUUGAGGGCAAUGUCACUCUACGAAGUGGAGACAAGGUUUCGUUUCAGAUCGCAACAAAUCAACGUGGUAAUUUGGGUGCUUGCCACGUCCGGUUAGAGAACCCGGCUCAUCCAGUUUUGUACAGGGGUGUAGUGUGUUCUAUGAAAGAGUCAUUUGGUUUCAUUGAACGAGCAGAUGUAGUCAAAGAAAUAUUUUUCCACUUUUCUGAAGCCAAAACAUCAGAGGAACUUAGGCCUGGAGAUGAUGUUGAAUUUAUCAUUUUAACAAGAAAUGGUAAAGAAGUUGCAUGCAAUAUUGUUCGGCUACCACCAGGAACAGUUGUGUUUGAAGAUGUAGAUCCAGAUAUCACAAAGGGCCAAGUUUUAAAACCAUUAGAUCGGGGCACAGGGCAGAGACAUCAGAGUGAUCCUUUACCAGGCCGGAUCAGAUACAGGGCUCCUGAUCAUUCUGAAGUAGAGGUACCAUUUGGUGACAAAGAUCAAAAAGGCGAUUUCACUCUUCGUCAUGGUGACUGGGUCCAAUUCCAACUGGCGACAGAUCGACGUGAUCAACUACGCAGAGCCACUUCCAUUUCACUCCUGGACGAGUCCUUUGUUGUGUCCGGCGAACGUAGAGAUCAGGGCGUGGUAGUGGCUUUGAAGGAUGGUUUUGGCUUUCUUCGUUGUGCAGAAAGGGAGCCAAGACUGUUCUUCCACUUUACCGAGGUUUUGGAUGUGACGAGAGAGAUCUCCAUGGGAGACGAAGUGGAAUUCACAGCAGUACAAGAUCCUAAUAGCUCUUUUGCUAAUUUUAGACACAGCGCUAUAAGGAUUAAGCAUUUACCUCCGGGUACUGUAAAAUUCGAAACCCUAAUCGAAUCAAAUCUAACGGGAGUCGUGACUAGGGAAGCCUCUCCAAGAAGCCCUAGCAAAUCUCAAAACGGCGGUCCAACACAAAACGGCGGGCCUCCUGUUCCAGAAGGGGGCAUGAUUUCUUACCAAAGCAAUGGUCAAAAGAAAUCAGUUCCUUUCUUUGCAAAAGAUUGUGAUCGGCAACCUAGAAUGGGUGAUAAAGUUGAUUUCAACAUUAGUCAGGUUAAGCGUAAUAAAGAACUGAUAGCAACAGAUGUUGUAGUAACUGCCAUUAGUAACCAGUCAUCAAACCACAGCUUUAACGGUUCAACUGUCUCGUCAAGCAGCAGUAGUUCAACUUCACAAUCAAGCACCUCAUUGCGCAAUGGUGUCUCUAAAAAUGGACGUCAGUCUUUGAGCAACGGCCAGUUGUGCCAAGGAUUUGUAGGCUUGAAGGAUGGUUUCGGUUUUAUCGAGACCAUUUCGCAUGAUAAAGAAGUGUUUUUCCAUUUCAGCAAUUUUGAAGGCGACACAUCAAACCUAGAUUUAGGUCAAGAAGUAGAAUACAUAUUAGCUCCUCGUGGUUCCAAUGGAGGUAGCGGUUCUGGUAGUUGCUGUUCUGCAGAAAAUGUUAGAACUAUUGCUCGUGGAUCAAUACCACUGCCAGAAGGCACCGGUCCUUUGCUGAAUGGUACUGUUACCAGGCCUUUGAGAUCUGUUAACCCAGACCAGAAUGAAUAUUCUGGUUUGAUACAGGUGGUAUCAGAGAAUGGAGACAAGGAAAGCUAUGAAUUUGGAAUAACUGGUCUAAGUAAUAAACGCGAUCUGCUACAAAACGGCGAUCCAGUCACUUUAAGAGUUGACACAGAAGGCAGAGCUACCGAAGUAACAGCUCUGAGAAAGAAGCGAAGGGCUACUGUUGAUGCCAUCAAAGGACUUUUUGGAUUUUUGGCCUAUGAAGUAGAAGAAGGAAAGAAGUUAUUCUUUCACAUGUCAGAAGUUGAAGAUGGUGUUCAAUUGCAACAAGGCGAUACCGUGGAAUUUGCCUUGAUCACAAACCAAAGAAGUGGAAAGUCAUCUGCGUGCAAUGUUGUUAAGCUAAUAUUCAAAAAUGGCACCAGACCCGAACGUUUGAUUUCUCGUCUUCGUGUAAGUUCCCUUGAAGAGACUGGACCUCGCCUAACAGUGUCCAGACAACCUAAAGGCCCCGAUGGAUCUAAAGGAUUUCAAUCAUCUGCACGUCAACCCAGACAACCUGGUGUAAUCCCAGAAUGAUUAUCCAGAAGUAGAAAAAAAGAAAAAUCUUGAGUUCCUAAAAAUGAUGUCCAAAAAUUAAAAAUGGCAAAAGUCUUAAAUGAGACUCUUACCAACAUCCUUAUCUCACAGAAAAAAUGAAUUAAAAGGCUUUAUUUAAGGAUUGGGAGGAUUGAUGAGAUAAAUAUCCGCUCAAAAAAUAUGACAUAAAUGGUUUAAACUAAUAAGACUAAGUAAAAAUAUGAAAAAAUGAAUUUUUUAGAGAAAAUGUGAUAUGCAGCAAAACAGUGAUCAGUUAUUUUGAUUUCUGAUGCAAACGCAAUUUUGUUUAUGUAUGGCAUCGUAAUGGAAAAACCAAAAAUUAAAUUCGUCGCUGCUUUUUUGGCAUACCAGAACAAAAAAAAAACAACAACCAAAAUACCGCGUUAUUCGUGAAUAAAUUACAUAAUGAAAAAAAUGUCUUAA